AUACACAGGUGCACCAUAUUUUGCUGCAAUUUCAGCGUUAAAGUUGGUAGGUAGCUAAGAAUUUGAUUUAAAUGUUUGACUUCUUGCACAUCAAGUGUUGGAACAGUUUAAGGACAUUGGCAAUAAAAAUUUUUAUUGCUUUAUCUGAAAGAGCAUAAAAAAAUAAGCCGAUUGGCCGUUUACUGCUCUAUUCUAUCUCAUCUGGUUCCGAAGUUGUACGCAAAAAUGUGAAAAAUAUAAAUUGCUGAUUCAGCACAACGUGUGACGUCAUUGGUUGGGUAAGUAUGUUUAUUGAAUAGUAAACUGAAGCAUAGCUCAGUUAUUAUUGGCUCAAAUCAAAUGAAAUUUUGCAUACAGAUAGUACAUGAUGAGACGCAUGGGAAAAUACUUCUAAUUUAGUUGUCAAGGCAACACAGUCAUUCCCAGGCCCCUUACACUGAUUUUGAAUAACUAGUUGCAUUUAUCUAUACUAUGUCAUUUUCGAAUUAUUAUCAUGCAAGUAAACUUUUGGCAUGCAUAGGUAUGGUACACAUACUUCUGAUAUUACUUUAUUCUUAUAAAGUACCAUGAAUGAAGCUGUUUUAUAAAAUUAGCGCAAGGGGCCUGGGAACGACAUUGUCACCUUGGCAACAAAAUUGGAAGUGAUUUUCAAUGCGUCUCAUCAUGUACAAUCAGUAUGCAAAAUUUCAUUUCAUUUGGGUCCAUAAUAACUGAGCUAUGCUUCAGUUUAGUAUUCAUUAAACAUACUUACCGAACCAAUGACGUCACACGUUGUGCUGAAUCAGCAACUUAUAUUUUGCACAUUUUUGCGUAUAACUUCGGAACUAGAUGAGAUAGAAUAGAGCAUUAAACGGCCAAAUCGGCUUAUUUUUCCGUGAUCUUUCAGAUGAAGCAAUAAAAUGUUCUGUUGCCAAUACCCUUUAAAUAUUAUGUUAAGUAUGUUGCUGACAGGUACUUUAGGGCCCGGUCUGAAGAGUAAAAUAUAAUAUAAUAGCACAGCAUUUGGAAAAAAUGUUUGUAUUAUAAACUUUGUAGUUGACUUGUGAUGACUUCUGAAGUGAAGUACGUUUAAGUGUCCAGCUCUAAUCUCAAGUUGAAGUUGUCAUUUGUCAAGACUCAAGUCAAGUGCGACGCUUUUAGACUUCAGUUCAAUAUAGAACAAGACGCCGACUCGGCGUUAACCUCGGGUCGGUGGAUAGGGGAUCGUCUGGUAAAUAUCCAAAAAUUGUGUAAAUCACGAUAGUUUAAUAGUUCACUAGUAUAAAUGGUGAAUCAGUUAAUCAAAGCUCCGUUUUAAUAUUGUUGACAAUAAUUACUGGCCCUCAUCAAACCUAUUGUUUUCUCUCUGCAUUAUAUCAGCGAAUGUCGAGAAGUUUUCAUUUAACGUUCUACUGAAAAACGGGAGCGGCCUUUUUGGGGUACAUCCUCGGGUAGAAGAAUUUGCAUCACAGACUACGUCAUCAGUUAGUUAUAGCGAUUAGUUUUGAGGUUAGGGUUAGGGUAAGGGUUAGGGUAAGGGUAAGGGUUAGGGUUAGGGUAAGGAUUAGGCUUAGAGAUAGGGAUUUGGUUAUAUCUGACGCCACAAACAACACAACUAGCCGAUCACGUGAUCACUUCUCCUCUACCCGAGGAACUACCCCCUUUUUGGUUGUAUAGGGAAAUUCCGGCUCAGGGGUAAAUGUUUAUACGCGUCAUAUUCUAUGUACGCGUUAAAAUAGCACACGACAUUAUUAAAAAUAAUGCAGCGUGCAUCAGUGCACACAGACAUUAUUAGCAAUAAUGCAUCUUCGUCACCCUGACAUGUACACGCGAUAACGUAAACAUCCCAAGAUGAGAAGGUGACAGUGCUAAAGGCCCCCCAUACGGUGUCGUCGGGUGCCUGAAGCACUGUUGGAAACGGUCGCUGUGAGUCUUUUCAGUUCAAUUUUAUAGAGAAAUAGUUUCGUUUGCGCUUGUGGGAUUUUAUCCUAGAUAUACGCAUGUGCAGAAUACACCAUAAGUUCUAUUCCCGUGAUUAUCCAAUACGCUAUUUGAGUAAACCUUAUCAUUAAUGAUAAUAUGUAAACUAGAACACUAUAAUUGACCUCCGCUUGUGGAGAUUUUAAUUUAGGGCGAUUAAUUAAACUGAAAUCUGUUCUAUCACAAUGCACUACAGUGCCUAUGGUUAUGUCUAUAUGCAUGUCCUCACAAAUGUCUAGUGUAACGUUGGAUAGGUUCAUUGUCAUACGGUCCCGACAAGCAGCGACGUACAGUUGUCUUCCAGCCGAAAAUAAUUACUUUUGAUUCGGGCCAGUAAUUAUAAUAGAUAACAAGUGAAAGUUGGCCGCGGUAUUCCCAUGCCAUGCAUACGAUGUAUUGUACAUUAUAUCAACAUAUACUCGAGAAUAGUUGUCCAGCUAAACAUGUAUGUCAAAAUUAUCACAUCUUCUGGUUUUAAAUCAACAAUUCUGACGGAUUUUGUGCAAGGACAGCUUCGGGUUCCGUUUCGCUUUGGCCGAUACUUGCCGGAAGUACACUUAUUUACCGGAAGUUGUCGUCUCCUCCGCAGGCUCUUCGAUCUUCGACUACGCGCGCGGCUCGAAAAAAAAAAAAAAAAAAAAUAGGAGCCGAAUUUAAGACCUCGGUGUCGUACCGACCCGAGGUAAUUAUAAUAAACUUAAUUGAUAUGCAUGCUAUGUUGCCGAAUUUAUUAGACGUUAAACUUAUUUCAGGGUUCGAUCCACAGGCCUUAAAAUCUUGGAAAGGUCCUUGAAUUUUACCUUUCCUGAAGGCUGGGAACCUUGUUAUUUUAUUAAUCUAGGACUAGGGCUUGAUAUGUUUCCGUAAGUGACUGCAUAAACAGUCAUAUAUCUAAGACUAUAAGGCCGGUUUCAAACGUCGCGCCUCUCAUGUGUAGAUAUUAUAUAAUACCUUAUUGAAUUCUGAUCGUUUAAUUGGCUGUUUAUGGUCACGUGAUAUUGAAUAGAAAAUUCCAUUUCCCAAGAGUGCACUCUUUGCGAGUGCAAUUGUACUAUACGUUUUAUUCCAACUGGCAUUGCACUCUUUGUGUUUUCGAUAAAUCGCAUCCGUCAAAAUGCUUCUCGUACGAAUCUAUUAGUCCAUUUUGGCAUUAUAUAAAACAACGUCGCCUCGUUGAAUGGAACAUUCUUACAUUCCAUCAUUCACCUCAUGAAAAUAUUCUUACCAUUGCACGAAUAAAAUUUCAUUAUUUGUAUAAUGAGGCAUUUCAGCUGAUUAUCUAUCGUUUUUAAUGCGUUCGGCACAUGAGAAGCUCGACGUUUGAAACCGAGGCCUAAUUGUAUUGUCUCUAAAUGCUCGAAACGACUAUAUCUUCUGGUUCAGUUAAAGCAAUGAAUAGCAGAGUAAGCGUGGGACCCGUUAUACCCGUGGCAUAUUGCAUAUCGUAGGCUACGGGGCGCGUGGCAUAUCGCAUCCAUAUGGUUAAUCCGGCACUGUAUGUAACAUGUAUUAGACCAGUGUACAUUGUUUGUGAUGUUACUCUGAGUGUGCAUCCACACCGGGCAAACUGAAAAGUUUGCCUGACCGCGGUGGGAUCGAACCCGCGACCUUGGGAUACAAGUCCAAUGCUCUACCAACUGAGCUACGAGGUCAAGUCGGUUCGAGUUGGUGAUAUUUAGUUCUUUCGAUAUUAAUGUAUUCUAAGAUAUGAUACUUUAAAUUGUGUUUGUUUAUGUUAUGUACUCCGGUGAAUAUGAUGUUUGUGGUUGAUCACGUAACUCGUCAACGUAGAGCAUUGCACUAGUAUCCCAAAGGUCGCGGGUUCGAUUCCCACCGUUGUGAGGCAAACGUUUCAGCUUGCCCGGUGUGGAUGCAUACUCAAAGUAACAUCACGAACAUCAUAUUCACCUGAGUACAUAACAUCAAAAGUAUCAGACCAGUACGUGUUCAAAAACGUACCCAUUCUAUUGUAUAUAUCCUGGAAUUGAUUAUGAGAAGAUUUCCUCGUUGAAAGUGGGGUUGUUAACACUUAUAGCGGAAGAAGAAAUCGAGCUUUCACGAAGUUUUCUAACCAAAUCGUAGAGUAUACCAAUCAUAAAUAUUAAUACAUGAUCUAUCUCAAUAGCCAUUUGGCAUCUUGCUAUUCCUUAAGAAUUGAAAUGUCAAAUUCCUAAUUUUAGAACCGAACGGUACAAAACUCCUUUAUCGUUAUAGCAAAUUUUAACGCGAACAGUUAGAUUUACAGAUAAUUCAUAGUAGUAUUGCUGUAUUAAUAUUUUAACCUCAUGUUGUAAUUUUAAUGUAUUCAGUUGUUUCAUGUAAUUACCAUGUAAUUCACAUUGAAAAUGUACAAUUUUUGCAUUAUCUAGGGUUGUGAUCUAUCACACGUGUUCUGUACUUCAGGAGCUUCUCAAGUUAUCAAAUCUUACAGUCCAGAACUUAUUGUUCAUCCUCUUUUGUAAGUGACUUGGAACCUUGUUAUACUGUGAUUCCUCUUGUAUAUAGAUUCAUAAACAUAUGUAAAUAGUUACUGUGACUGUCUUUUAUGUAUUAUGCUCUUGUGGCAAACAAUUUUAAUAAAAAAAACCCAGUUAUUGAAUGAGGUCGAGUAGGAUAUGAGGAAUUAAGGCCGAGGUUUGUGUUAUCUUCCGAAGGCUGAGGUAGAUAACACAAACCGAGGCCUUAAUAAUUCCUCAUAUCCUGCGAGAACCAAAUUCAAUAAUUGUUUUGUUAUUUAUUUGUCGGAAUACACAAAAAAGGUCGGCGACCCUUUCCUUUGAGGAAGCCAUUUGUAUUUUCUCGCUUUUGGCAUAAACCGCAUACAUUAGCGUGACGUCAUAGUGUGUUACAUUGUUUUUCAGUAUACCACGAAAUCACGUCAAACGUGGUAUAUUUGUUUUCAAUAUUCCACGGUGAUGUCAUAAAUCCAAAUUUGGGCAGGUACAGAGCGGAUUUGAGGAUUUCACUGAUAACUCUUAGCCAAACUCUUGAAUUAUUUUCAAUAAAAAUAAUAAUUUCGGUUAUUAACCAGAGCUAAGUUAUAAUGCGAAUGAUGUUGCAUGGUGCUAAUAAAGAAAAUAUUAAAUAUCGUAUAAAGUAUAAUAGUCGAAAAUGUGUUGACGAUUAUCACAAACAGACACAACCCAGCCUAGUCCCUGACCUUCCAAGCGCGGGCAAGUUACAGGCUGUCAUGAACUUGCGGGCUGUCAGUUUCGCAAAAAAUCCGAACUGGGUCGCAAAUAAUACAGCUUUAUCCCGUUCAACCUGCAAACCUUGUCGACUUCCCCCUAAAAUAAUGAGGCGGAAGCGAGAAGGCCAGGAGGUAGGCUGACACAAACCCAGUUAUUAAUCCAGUCCCUCUCGGCAAUCUGACGUCCGUGUUGCCAAAAACGUCGCUUUCCCUAAUAUAUUUAUUAAUGAUGUCCCUUAACUAAUUUUAUCCCAGUUUUACUGACGGCGUUUACAGCCGAAAGCACUGCUAUUAAUGAACUUGGAGCAUCAUGAGUCUUCUGAUCUUCAAUACUGUUAAGGCUUUCGGUUUAAUUUUCUCUUGUUGAAUCCGUACGGUACUGUGCUUCAAUAGUCUUCUAGAUCUGAUGAUAACAUUAGAAGGCACAAAAAAGGCCUGAAUGCAAAAAAUAUAUCCUGCCUUCAGUUUAUCAAUGCUUCGAAAAUUCAAUUUUGUAGGGACGAAGCUAACGCAGUUGAUGAAUUUUUAAAAUGGCUGCCUCGACUCCAUACCCUAGUUGUUGGGCCUGGAUUAGGAAGGGAUUCUCAAAUUCUUUCUGUAGUAAAGGUGAAACAGUCUUACUUUGUUAUAGAUGUAUGGUAAUGGUUAUACAUUUAACAACAAAUUAGAAACUGAAAUGGUAUACAUGUACGGGUACCCUAUUACCCUUCAUAUAAGCGCAGCACCCAUAAAUAAAUUUUCUGCAAUUUUGGAAACAUUUUUGACUAAAAAUUGACGUUUUAUACCACGCGCCUAUAAAAUUUCACACGCGACUCUCGUGCCCAGAUCUACGCUGAUGGGAUCUAGCUAUGAGAAUUGGCACAUUCGUUUAAUAAUUUAUUAAUAGUGCAAUAACAAUUAUCAUUAACCAUAUAACCACAAUUGAAAAUGUUGAUAAUUUAAAACAUAAAUUUUAAAGUAAUUUUAUAUCAUUAAAAGAAGGGUUAUGUUCAUGUCUAUUUAAACCGUGAUUUAACUCGCAAAUUUUGACGGUCAGAUAUAAGCGCACGCGCCUUUAUCUGCAGGCGCUUAUAUGCGGGGUGGUAGGGUAGUUUUGUAAAAUCAAUUGCAGGCUUUAUGUAUUUUUGACUUUUUCUUCAAAAUAGAAUAUUGUCAUGAAAGCCAAAGAACAAGGGAAGCAACUAGUGAUCGACGCUGUAUGUUAUGAAUUAUUUUACUACUUGACCAUGCAAGGAUGAAUAAUAUUCACUUGGUUGGGUUAAUGACAGAGGAAUACUCUCUACCAUUUCCAUAUUGCAUAUCAUAAUACUGUAUUUCAAACACUCAAUAAUUCAUAAGCUUAUUGGCAAAUCAUGUCAACCAUAAUAUGUCACGUGCAGUGGCUUUAAACCUGAUAAAAACAC